AUGGGCCGGCCCUCUAAUAGAUUUAUAGGCGGUGUGCCUAUUCUUCAGGCCAAUCUUAACCACGCCCGCCAAGCGCAAGAUUUGUUCUUGCACACGCUGGCGGAGCGUUGUUGCGGCCUGGGAAUAGUAGCGGAGCCAUACUGCCCCCCUGCGGGGGGAGCCAAUUGGCUCACGGACGCCCCCCCUGCGGGGAGCAGCCUGGUGGCUGUUGUUUGGAGGGGAAUGGAGGGGUCCCCCCCGUGUGGCAUGGUCAAACGGGGAGCCGGGUACGUCGCUGUCAGAUGGGGGAACACCCUGGUUGUCGCGGUGUAUUCCCCCCCGUCUUGGGACGUCACCCGGUUCGAGAGACAGUUGGCGGAAAUCAGGGAGGUAGUUGGGGCCCGUCUCCCCGGUGCCGUUAUAGUCGCGGGUGACCUCAACGCCAAAUCGGCCUCUUGGGGUUGCCCGCGAACUGAUAGGAGGGGGGGACUCCUCGAAGAAUGGAUGGCCGUGCUGGGCCUAUCCACAUUUAAUGUGGGGGCCACGAGUACGUGCGUGCGGCCGCAGGGAGAAUCGAUCAUCGACGUGACGAUGGUCUCCCUCGCGGCCGCGCAUAGGGUCUCCUCUUGGAGGGUAGCAGCGGAGCUCGAGACACUAUCGGAUCAUCGAUACAUCGAGCUCCGAUAUACUGCCGCCCCCCAGACAGUCUAUGGGUUGAGGGCUAGGGAACAGCGACGAUGGUCCCUAGCCAAAUUGGAUGAAGGCCUCCUGAUGGAAUCGUUGUACGCCCAGACCUGGCCCGGAGUGAGUGGGCAGGGCGAUAUCGAUGAGGUGUGGGAAAGGGUCCGCGGCAUCGUCUGA